ACUCGCGGCGGGACGGGCGGCGGAGCGGGAGGGCAGAGCAGCAGUGUCGGGGCUCAGCUGUGUCGGGGCUCAGCAUGUCCCGGCCGCGCCGCAGCUCGGACGAGGCUCCGGCCCGAACGGGCUCCGAGGACAACCUGUACCUGGCCGUGCUGCGGGCGGCCGAGGGCCGCAAAGAUGAGCGAGAUCGUGUCCAGAAGAAAACCUUCACCAAAUGGGUCAACAAGCACCUUAUCAAGCACUGGCGACCAGAGGCGACAGCGCCAUGUCAACGAUCUGUACGAGGACCUGCGGGACGGGCACAACCUCAUCUCGCUGCUGGAGGUGCUGUCGGGUGACACCCUGCCCCGGGAGAAGGGCCGGAUGCGCUUCCACAAGCUGCAGAAUGUCCAGAUUGCCCUCAACUACCUGAAGCACCGGCAGGUGAAGCUGGUGAACAUCCGCAACGAUGACAUCGCCGACGGCAACCCCAAACUGACGCUGGGGCUCAUCUGGACCAUCAUCCUCCACUUCCAGAUCUCAGACAUCCAGGUGACCGGGCAGUCGGAGGACAUGACAGCCAAGGAGAAGCUGCUGCUGUGGUCCCAGCGGAUGGUGGAGGAUUACCAGGGCCUGCGCUGCGACAACUUCACCACCAGCUGGCGGGACGGGCGCCUCUUCAACGCCAUCAUCCACCGGCACAGGCCAAUGCUGAUCGACAUGAGCCGGGUGUACCGCCAGAGCAACCUGGAGAACCUGGACCAGGCCUUCACCGUGGCCGAGCGGGACCUGGGCGUGACGCGGCUGCUGGACCCCGAAGACGUGGACGUGGCGCAGCCCGAUGAGAAGUCCAUCAUCACCUACGUGUCCUCGCUGUAUGACGCCAUGCCACGUGUGCCCGAGGUGCAGGACGGCGUCAAGGCCAACGAGCUGCAGCUGCGCUGGCAAGAGUACUACGAGGUGGUGACGGGGCUGCUGCAGUGGAGCCGGCAGCACUCGGCGCUCUUCGAGGAGCGGCGCCUCCCUGCCAGCUACGAGGAGAUCGAGAUCCUCUGGCGCCAGUUCCUCAAGUUCAAGGAGACGGAGCUGCCGGCUCGGGAGGCCGACAAGAACCGCUCCAAAGCCAUCUUCCAGGCGCUGGAGGGCGCGGUGCAGUCGGGCCAGCUGAAGGUGCCCCCCGGGUACCACCCCCUGGACGUGGAGAAGGAGUGGGGGCGGCUGCACGUCGCCGUGCUGGAGCGGGAGAAGCUGCUGCGGGCUGAGUUCGAGAGGCUGGAGCGGCUGCAGCGCGUGGUCACCAAGCUGCAGAUGGAGUCCGGGCUCUGCGAGGAGCAGCUGAACCAGGCGGAUGCUCUGCUGCAGGCAGACGUGCGCCUGCUGGCGGCCGGGAAGGCACCGCAGAAGGCGGCAGAGGUGGAGAGGGACCUGGACAAGGCGGAUGCCAUGAUCCGGCUGCUCUUCAACGACGUGCAGACCCUCAAGGACGGGCGGCACCCGCAGGGCGAGCAGAUGUACCGUCGCGUGUACCGCCUGCACGAGCGCCUGGUGUCCAUCCGCACCGAGUACAACCUGCGCCUCAAGUCGGGGGCGCCGGUGACAGCGGUGACGUCUGUGGCGGUGACAUCGGCGCAGCAGCGGCGCCCGGAGCCCGACGAGGCUCCCCUGCGCUACCUGCAGGAGCUGCUGGCCUGGGUGGAGGAGAACCAGCGGCGAGUGGCCACGGCCGAGUGGGGCGCUGACCUGCCCACCGUGGAGACACACCUGGGCGCCCACCGCGGGCUGCACCGCGCCAUCGAGGAGUUCCGGGCCAAGGUGGAGCGGGCGCGGGCUGAUGAGAGCCAGCUGUCCCCCGGCCCCAGCGGCGCCUACCGGGAGUGCCUGGGCAAGCUGGAGCUGCAGUACGCCAAGCUGCUGAACUCCUCCAAGUCACGGCUGUGGCACCUGGAGAGCCUCCACGGCUUCGUCAGCGCCGCCACCAAGGAGCUGCUGUGGCUGAGCGAGCGUGAGGAGGAGGAGGUGGCCUUCGACUGGAGCCACAACAACCCCGCCAUGGCGGCCAAGAAGGAGAGUUACUCGGCGCUGAUGCGGGAGCUGGAGCUGCGGGAGCGGCGGAUCCAGGAGCUGCGGACCUCGGGGGAGCGGCUGCUGCGGGAGGAGCACCCCGGGGCGCAGACCCUGGAGGCGUUCCUGGCGGCGCUGCAGACCCAGUGGAGCUGGAUGCUGCAGCUCUGCUGCUGCAUCGAGACCCACCUGAAGGAGAACACCAACUACUUCCAGUUCUUCGCCGAGGUGCGGGAGGCCGAGGAGCUGCUGCGCAAGACGGAGGAGACGAUGCGGCGCAAGUUCAGCUGCGACCGCGGCACCACGGCCACGCGCCUCGAGGACCUGCUGCAGGACCUGGCGGAGCAGAAGGAGCAGCUGGCGGAGCUGGGGGCGCAGCUGGGGGCUCUGUCCCGCCGUGCCAGGACCAUCGUGCAGCUGAAGCCGCGCAGCCCCUCGACGCCCCUGCAGGGCCGGCCCCCCAUCCAGGCCGUCUGCGACUACAAGCAAAUGGAGGUGACCGUGCACAAGAACGACACGUGUGCCCUGGUGAACCACGCGCAGCCGCAGCAGUGGCGGGUGCUGAGUGCCGCCGGCAGCGAGGCCGUCGUGCCCUCGGUCUGCUUCCUCCUGCCACCCCCCAACAAGGAGGCUCUGGACUCUGUGCACAGGCUGGAGGCCGCCCACCAGCAGCUGCUGGGGCUGUGGCAGCAGCUGCACCAGGACCUGCGCAGCCUCCGCGCCUGGCAGUACCUGACCCGGGACAUCCAGCAGAUCCACUCCUGGACCCACAUCACGUUCCGCACGCUGCCGGCCGAGGAGGUGCGCCAGGUGCUGUCCAGCCUGGAGAGGCACUACCAGGAGUUCCUGCGGGACAGCCAGGACUCGCAGAGCUUCCAGCCCGACGACCGGCUGCAGGUGGAGCGCGACUACAACGCCUGCACGCACAAGUACGAGCUGCUGCUGCGGAGCCAGGAGAAAGGAGAGCAGGACGAGUCUCUGUGCAAGAGCUACAUCUCACAGCUGAAGGACAUCCGGCUGCAGCUGGAGAGCUGCGAGAGCCGCACCGUGCACCGCCUGCGCCUGCCCCUCAAGGCCGACCCCCUGCGCGAGUGCGCCCAGCGCCAGGCCGAGCAGCAGCAAACACACCUGGAGCUGGAGGGCAUCCAGAAGAACCUGGCCAAAGUCAGCGAGAAGACGGAGCAGGUGCUGGCGCAGCCGGAGCAGGCAGGCUCGGCCCCCGUGCUGCGCUCCGAGCUGGAGGUCACCCUGCGCAAGAUGGAGCAGGUGUACAGCCUGUCCAGCAUCUACCUGGAGAAGCUGAAGACCAUUGGGCUGGUGAUCCGGAGCACGCAGGGGGCUGAGGAGCUGCUCCGCAAGUACGAGGAGCAGCUGAAGGACGUGCAGGCAGUGCCGGCCGACCUGGCUGAGCUGGAGGCCAGCAAGGCUGAGCUCAAGCGGCUGCGGGCACAGGCCGAGGGGCACCAGCCCUUCUUCAGCACGCUGGAGACCGACCUGGGCAAGGCCAAGGACGUCAACGAGCGGAUGGUGCGCGGGCACAGCGAGCGGGACGUGGACCUGGAGCGGUACCGGGAGCGGGUGCAGCAGCUGCUGGAGCGCUGGCAGGCCGUGCUGGCCCAGGCCGACCUGCGGCAGCGCGAGCUGGACCAGCUGGGCCGCCAGCUGGGCUACUACCGGCAGAGCUGUGACGCGCUGCGCCAGUGGAUCCGCGAUGCCCGGCAGCGCCAGGAGGCCAUCCAGGCCGUGCCCAUCACCGACAGCCAGGCCGUGCGCGAGCAGCUGCUGCAGGAGAAGAAACUGCUGGAGGAGUGUGAGCAGCACAAGGAGAAGGUGGAGGAGUGCCAGCGCUAUGCCAAGCAGUACAUCGACGCCAUCAAGGACUACGAGUUGCAACUGGUGAGCUUCAAGGCACAGGUGGAGCCGGUGGCAUCACCAGCCAAGAAGCCCAAAGUGCAGUCGGCGUCUGACAGCAUCAUCCAGGAGUACGUGGACCUGCGGACACAGUACAGUGAGCUGACCACGCUCACCACCCAGUACAUCAAGUUCAUCACCGAGACACUGCGGCGGCUGGAGGACGAGGAGAAAGCCGCCGAGAAGCUGAAAGAGGAGGAGAGGAAGCGGCUGGCGGAGGUGGAGGCGCAGCUGGAGAAGCAGCGGCAGCUGGCCGAGGCCCACGCCAAAGCCAAGGCACAGGCGGAGGCGGAGGCGCGGGAGCUGCAGCUCCGCAUGCAGGAGGAGGUCACCCGGCGGGAGGUGGUGGCCGUGGAUGCCGAGCAGCAGAAGCAGAACAUCCAGCAGGAGCUGAUGCAGCUGCGGCAGAACUCGGACCACCAGAUCAAGUCCAAGGUGAAGCUGAUCGAGGAGGCCGAAUACAACCGCAAGAAAGUGGAGGAGGAGAUCCGCCUCAUCCGCCUGCAGCUGGAGAGCACCGAGAAGCAGCGGGAGAGCGCAGAGACAGAGCUGCAGGAGCUGCGGGCGCGUGCCGAAGAUGCCGAACGGCAGAAGCGGCAGGCGCAGGAGGAGGCCGAGCGCCUGCGCCGGCAGGUGAAGGAGGAGAGCCAGAAGAAGCGGGAGGCGGAGGAGGAGCUGAAGCGCAAGGUGCAGGCUGAGCGCGAAGCGGCCCGGGAGAAGCAGAAGGCAGUGGCAGACCUGGAGCAGCUGCGGCUGCAGGCGGAGGAGGCUGAGCGACGCAUGCGGCAGGCAGAGGCCGAGAAGGACCGGCAGAUCCAGGUGGCCCAGGAGGUGGCCCAGCGCAGCGCUGAGGCCGAGCUGCAGAGCAAGAGGCUCUCUUUCGCCGAGAAGACGGCGCAGCUGGAGCUGUCACUGCAGCAGGAGCACGAUGUGGUGGCCCAGCUGCAGGAGGAGGCCGAGCGGCUGAAGAGGCAGCAGCUGGAGGCCGAGCGCUCACGGGAGGAGGCUGAGAAGGAGCUGGAGCGCUGGAGGCAGAAGGCCAACGAGGCGCUGCGCCUGCGGCUGCAGGCCGAAGAGGUGGCCCACAAGAAGUCGCUGGCGCAGGAGGAGGCCGAGAAGCAGAAGGAGGAUGCAGAGCGUGAGGCCCGCAAGCGCGCCAAGGCAGAGGAGGUUGCCGUGCGGCAGAAGGAGCUGGCGGAGGAAGAGCUGGAAAAGCAGCGGGAGCUGGCAGAGGGCACAGCCCAGCAGAAGCUGGCAGCAGAGCAGGAGCUGAUUCGGCUGAAGGCGGAGAUGGAGAAUGGGGAGCAGCAGCGCCUGCUCCUGGAGGAAGAGCUCUCGCGGUUGAAGGGCGAGGUAAACGAGGCCAUCCAGAGGAGGAAAGAGCUGGAGGAGGAGCUGGCCAAGCUGCGGGCAGAGAUGGAGGUCCUGCUGGAGAGCAAGGCCAAGACAGAGGAGGAGUCGCGCUCCAGCAGCGAGAAGUCCAAGCAGCGGCUGGAGGCGGAGGCCAACAAGCUGCGGGAGCUGGCCGAGGAGGCCGCCCGCCUGCGCGCCCUCUCCGAGGAGGCUAAGCGGCAGCGGCAGCUGGCAGAGGACGAGGCCACCCGGCAGCGGGCCGAGGCCGAGCGCAUCCUGAAGGAGAAGCUGGCGGCCAUCAACGAGGCCUCACGGCUGAAGGCGGAGGCAGAGAUCGCGCUGAAGGAGAAGGAGGCGGAGAACGAGCGGCUGCGGCGGCUGGCAGAGGAUGAGGCCUACCAGCGCAAGCUGCUGGAGGAGCAGGCGGCCCAACACAAGCAGGACAUCGAGGAGAAGAUUGCCCUGCUGAAGCGCUCCUCCGAGAGCGAGCUGGAGAGGCAGAAGGGGCUCGUGGAGGAUACGCUGCGGCAGCGGCGGCAGGUGGAGGAGGAGAUCCGUGCCCUCAAGGCCAGCUUCGAGAGGGCCUCAGCUGGCAAGAGCGAGCUGGAGCGGGAGCUGAACCGCAUCCGUGGGGAGGCAGAGGAGGUGCAGCGCAGCCGGGAGCAGGCGGAGCGGGAGGCUGAGCGGCAGCGGGCGCUGGCGCUGGAGGAGGAGGGCCGCCGGCGCGAGGCUGAAGAAAAGGUGCAGGCCAUCCUGGCGGCCGAGGAGGAGGCCGGACGGCAGCGGCGGCUGGCCCUGGAGGAGGUGGAGCGGCUGCGGGCCAUGGUGGAGGAGGCGCGGCGGCAGAAGGAACUGGCGGAGAAGGAGUCGGAGCGGCAGAUCCAGCUGGCACGGGAGGCGGCGCAGAAGCGGAUUGCAGCCGAGGAGAAGGCGCACCUGGCUGCCGUACAGCAGAAGGAGCAGGAGCUGCUGCAGACGCGCCAGCAGGAGCAGAGCCUCCUGGACCGGCUGCGCGAGGAGGCUGAGCGGGCCCGGCGGGCGGCUGAGGAGGCUGAGUUUGCCCGUGGCAAGGCUGAGCAGGACGCCAGCUUGUCCCGGCAGCGCGUGGAGGAGGCCGAGCGGCUGAAGCAGCGGGCAGAGGAGGAGGCGCAGGCCAAGGCAGAGGCGCAGGCGGAUGCAGAGAAGCUGCGGAAGGAGGCUGAGCUGGAGGCAGCAAAACGGGCGCAGGCAGAGCAGGCAGCCCUGAGGCAGAAGCAGCUGGCCGAUGCUGAGAUGGAGAAGCACAAGAAGUUUGCCGAGCAGACGCUGCGGCAGAAGGCGCAAGUGGAGCAGGAGCUGACCAAGGUGAAGUUGCAGCUGGAUGAGACAGACCACCAGAAGGGCAUCCUGGAUGAGGAGCUGCAGCGGCUGAAGGAGGAGGUGACAGACGCCGUCCGGCAGAAGGCCCAGGUGGAGGAGGAACUCUUCAAGGUCCGGGUGCAGAUGGAGGAGCUGGCCAAGCUGAAGAGUCGCAUCGAGGAGGAGAACAAGGCGCUGAUCCUCAAGGACAAGGACAACACGCAGAAGUUCCUCGCGGAGGAGGCAGAGAAGAUGAAGCAGGUGGCAGAGGAGGUGGCCCGGCUGAGCGUGGAGGCGCAGGAGGCUGCCCGCAUGCGGCAGCUGGCUGAGGAUGACCUGACGCAGCAGCGGGCGCUGGCAGAGAAGAUGCUGAAGGAGAAGAUGCAGGCGGUGCAGGAGGCCACGCGGCUGCGGGCCGAGGCUGAAAUGCUGCAGAAGCAGAAGGAUCUGGCGCAGGAACAUGCCAAGAAGCUGCAGGAGGACAAGGAGCAGAUGCAGCAGCGCCUGGCUGAGGAGACCGAGGGCUUCCAGAAGACGCUGGAGGCUGAGCGCCGGCGGCAGCUGGACAUCACGGCUGAGGCUGAGCGCCUCAAGCUGCAGGUGGCAGAGAUGAGCAUGGCCCAGGCCAAGGCCGAGGAGGAAGCCAAGCGGUUCAAAAAGCAGGCGGAGGAGAUCAGUGAGAGGCUGCAUGAGACUGAGCUGGCCACACAGGAGAAGAUGACGAUGGUGCACACCCUGGAGAUCCAGCGGCACCAGAGCGAUGAGGAUGCCGAAAAGCUGCGGAAGGCCAUCGCUGACCUGGAGAAGGAGAAGGAGAAGCUGAAACAGGAGGCAGCGCUGCUGCAGCAGAAGGCAGAGGAGAUGCAGGUGGCCCAGCAGGCUCAGCUCCGUCAGGAGACACAGCUCCUGCAGCAGAGCUUCCUGACGGAGAAAGAUGCCCUGCUGCAGAAGGAGAAGUUCAUUGAGGAGGAGAAAUCGAAGCUGGAGAAGCUCUUUAAGGAUGAGGUGAACAAAGCCCAGAACCUGAAGGCAGAGCAGGAGCGGCAGCAGCAGGAGAUGGAGCAGGAGAAGCAGCAGUUGAAAGCUAUGUUAGACGAAGCCAAGAAGCAUCAGAAAGAAGCUGAGGAAAAUGUCCGGCACAAGCAGGAGGAGCUACAGCAGCUGGAGAGGCAGCGACAGCAGCAGGAGAAACUUCUGGAAGAAGAGAACCAGAAGCUGAGGGAGAGGCUCGAGCAGAUGCAGGAGGAGUACAAGGCUGCCCUGGCCCAGAGACGGGAGAUCAUGAUCCAGACAGAUGACCUGCCUGGGGAGGCGGUUACGACAACGCAGCUGCUGGACGUCAAGGCUGUGCCCAAUGGCCGGGAUGCAAUGGACGGCUUAGCCCAGAAUGGGGAGCCGGAGUUCGCAUUUGACGGCAUCCGGCAGAAGGUGUCAGCAGAGAAGCUGGCUGAUGCCGGCAUUCUGAGCAGGGAGAACUUGGACAAGUUGGUGAAGGGUGUUGUGAGUGUGGGCGAGCUCUCUCAGAGGGAAGAUGUCAAGAAAUACCUGCAGGGCAAGAGCAGCAUUGCCGGUUUGCUGAUCAAACCCUCCAACCAGAAGAUGAGCAUCUACGAAGCCAUGAAGAAGAAGCUGCUCAGCCCAGGCACAGCACUGGUGCUCCUGGAGGCACAGGCUGCUUCUGGCUUCAUCAUUGACCCUGUGCGGAACGCAAGGCUCUCGGUGAACGAGGCGGUGCGAGAGGGGGUGAUCGGGCCAGAGCUGCACAACAAGAUGCUGUCGGCCGAGCGGGCUGUCACCGGCUAUAAGGAUCCGUACACAGGUGACAAGAUCUCCCUGUUCCAGGCCAUGCAGAAGGAUCUCAUCGUCAGGGACCACGGCAUCCGCCUGCUGGAGGCCCAGAUUGCCACUGGCGGCAUCAUCGAUCCUGUCAACAGCCACCGCCUGCCUGUGGAAGCCGCCUACAAGCGUGGCUACUUUGAUGAGGAGAUGAAUCAGGUCCUGUCUGACCCCACUGAUGAUACCAAGGGCUUCUUCGAUCCCAACACUCAGGAGAACCUCACCUACCUGCAGCUCAUGGAGCGGUGCGUGACUGACCCGGACACAGGGCUGUGCCUCCUGCCACUCACUGACCAAGCAGCCAAAGCCGGAGAGCUGGUUUACACUGACAAGGAAGCCAAGGACGUCUUCAAGAAGGCCACAGUGACAGCACCGUUUGGCAAGUUCCAAGGGAAGACGAUGACCAUCUGGGAGCUCAUCAACUCUGAGUACUUCACUGAGGACCAAAGGCGGGACCUGAUCCAGCAGUAUAGGACUGGCAAGAUCACAGUGGAGAAGAUCAUCAAGAUUGUCAUCACGGUUGUGGAGGAAAGUGAGAGAAAGAGCCAGAUGUGCUUUGAGGGCCUGCGGGGCCCCGUGCCCGCUGCCGAGCUGCUGGAGAGCAAGAUCAUCAACAAGGACCUCUACAACCAGCUGCACCAGGGCAAGAAGUCCGUAAAGGAUGUGGCAGAGAUGGAGUCCGUACGGCAGUACCUGAAGGGCACAGAUGCCAUCGCUGGCGUCCUGGUGGAGUCUACGGGCCAGAAGCUCACCUUCUACGAGGCUCUGAAGAGAAACUUGCUGAAGCCAGAGGUUGCCCUGUCCCUGCUAGAGGCACAAGCUGCCACUGGCUACAUCAUUGACCCUGUGGGUAACAAGCUCUUCUCCGUGGACGAGGCAGUGAAGGCCGAGGUGGUGGGGCCGGAGUUCCAUGAGAAGCUGCUGUCGGCGGAGAAGGCAGUGACUGGCUACAAGGAUCCCUACACGGGUCAGACGGUUUCCCUCUACCAAGCACUCCAGAAGGGCCUCAUCCCCAGUGACACUGGGCUCCGGCUGCUGGACGUCCAGCUUGCCACUGGUGGCAUCAUCGACCCCGUCAACAGCCAUCGGCUCCCGCUUGAGGUCGCGUACAAGCGCGGCUACUUCGACCCAGAGAUAAACAAGGCUCUGACUGAGUUCCAAGAUGAAGCCAAGGCUUUCUACUGUCCCAACACCCAGGAACACCUCACCUAUGCCCAGCUGCAGAAGAGCUGCCACCGCGACAAGCAGACUGGCCUGUGCCUGCUGCCCCUGUCCGACAGGGCAAUCCAGUCACAGCAGGAGGAGGUCUACACCGACAGCCAGGCCAAGGAGUGCUUCGACAAAGCAACCAUUGAGGUCCCGGUGGGCAGCAUGAAGGGCCAGACAAUGACCAUCUGGGAACUGAUCCACUCUGAAUACUUCACAGAGGAGCACAGGCGGGAGCUGCUCCGACAGUACAAGACCGGCAAAGUGACAAUCGAGAAGAUCAUCAAGAUUGUGAUCACCAUCAUCGAGGAGGCAGAGACCAAAAAGCAGGAGAAACUGACAUUCAGUGGUCUGCGGGCUCCAGUGCCAGCCAGCGAGCUGCUGGAGUCCUGCAUCAUCAGCAAAACCCAGUACGAGCAGCUGAAGGAAGGCAAGAAAUCAGUGAAGGACCUCUCGGAGACAGAUGCGGUGAGGAGAUUCCUGCAUGGCAGCGACUGCAUUGCCGGUGUCUAUGUGGAGGCCACCAAGGAGAAACUGAACAUCUAUGAGGCCAUGAGGAGGAACCUGCUGAGACCCAGCACUGCCGUGGUCCUCCUGGAGGCCCAGGCAGCCACUGGGUUCUUGAUCGACCCCGUGAAGAACCGUAAACUGUACGUCAACGAGGCGGUGAAGGCUGGCAUUGUUGGGCCUGAGCUGCACGAGAAGCUGCUGUCAGCUGAGAAGGCUGUCACAGGCUACAAGGAUCCCUACUCGGGCGACACCAUCUCCCUGUUCCAGGCCAUGAAGAAGGGGCUGAUUGUCAAAGAGCACGGCAUCCGCCUGCUGGAGGCCCAGAUCGCCACCGGCGGCAUCAUCGACCCCGUGCACAGCCACCGCCUGCCCGUGGAGGUGGCCUACAAGCGUGGCUACUUCGAUGAGGAGAUGAACCGGACCCUCUCCGACCCCAGUGACGACACCAAGGGCUUCUUCGACCCCAACACUCAGGAGAACCUCACCUAUGUGCAGCUGAAGGAGAGGUGCAUCGAGGAUCCUGAGACGGGCCUGUACCUGCUGCCUCUGCGGGAGCCUGAGAAGCCAAAAGUGGUGGAAACCACUCACGUGUACACAGAAGCAGAGACACGGAAGGUGUUUGAGGAGACCCAGGUGGACAUCCCUGUGGGCAGCCGGGCAGGCUCCUCCAUGUCACUGUGGGAUGUCAUGCACUCGGACCUGCUUCCCGAGGAGCAGCGUAAACAUCUCAUGGAGGAGUUCCAGUCAGGCCGCGUGUCCAAGGAGCGCAUGAUCAUCAUUAUCAUCGAGAUCAUCGAGAAGACUGAGAUCAUCCGGCAGCAGAAUCUCACGUCCUAUGACUACGUCCGGCGCCGCAUCACAGCCGAGGACCUCUUUGAGGCCAAGAUCAUCACACAGGACAUCUACAACUUGCUGAAACAGGGCUCCAAAACCUUCCGGGAGCUCCUGGAUGUGGAGACUGUCUGGAAGUACCUUUACGGGUCGGGCUGCGUGGCUGGCAUCUACAUCCCCUCCUCCAAGCAGACUCUCAGUGUCUACCAGGCGCUGAAGAAGGGGCUGAUCAAUUCCGAAGUGGCCCGCUCCCUCCUGGAGGCCCAGGCAGCCACCGGCUUCAUGAUUGACCCCACGAAGAAUGAAAUGCUGACUGUUGAUGAGGCGGUCAGGAAGGGCGUGGUGGGGCCAGAGAUCCACGACCGGCUCCUGUCCGCAGAGAGGGCUGUGACCGGCUACAGAGACCCCUACAGUGAACAGAAGAUUUCCCUCUUCCAGGCCAUGAAGAAGGAUCUCAUUCCCAGCAAAGAGGCCCUCAAGCUCCUGGACGCCCAGAUCGCCACCGGCGGCAUAAUUGACCCUCACCUGGGCUUCCACCUGCCCCUGGAGGUGGCUCUCCAGCGGGGCUUCAUCAACAAGGAGACGUACGACAUGCUGUCGGAGCCCAGCGAGGUGCGCAGCUACGUGGACCCCUCCACAGAUGAGAAGCUCAGCUACACACAGCUGCUGAGGCGGUGCCGCAAGGACGAGAACUCCCGGCUCCUCCUGCUCCCGCUCUGCGACACACGCAAGCUCACCUUCCGGGGCCUGAGGAAACAGAUCACGGUGGAGGAGCUGGUUCUUUCGCAGGUGAUGGAUGAAGCCACAGCCCAGCGCCUCCAGGAGGGUCUCACCUCUGUCGAGGAGGUCUCUAAGAACCUGAAGAAGUUCCUGGAGGGCACCAGCUGCAUCGCUGGUGUCUUUGUGGACUCCACAAAGGAGCGUCUGUCCAUCUACCAGGCCAUGAAGAAGGGGAUCAUCCGGCCUGGCACUGCCUUUGAGCUCCUGGAGGCACAGGCAGCCACGGGCUAUGUGAUUGACCCCAUCAAAGGCCUCAAGCUGACAGUGGAGGAAGCUGUGCGCAUGGGCAUUGUGGGCCCCGAGUUCAAGGACAAGCUGCUCUCUGCCGAGAGGGCCGUCACUGGCUACCGGGACCCCUACACCGGAAAGCUCAUCUCCCUCUUCCAGGCUAUGAAGAAGGGUCUGAUCCUGAAGGACCAUGGGAUCCGCCUGCUGGAGGCACAGAUCGCCACAGGAGGCAUCAUUGACCCCGAGGAGAGCCACCGCCUGCCCGUGGAGGUGGCCUACAAGAGGGGCCUCUUUGACGAGGAGAUGAACGAGAUCCUGCUGGACCCUAGUGACGACACCAAGGGCUUCUUCGACCCCAACACAGAGGAGAAUCUCACCUACCUGCAGCUCAUGGAGCGGUGCAUCACGGACCCAGAGACCGGCCUCUGCCUCCUGCCUCUGAAGGAGAAGAAGCGGGAGAGGAAGACCUCCUCCAAGUCCUCCGUCCGCAAGCGCCGGGUGGUGAUCGUUGACCCAGAGACAGGCAAGGAGAUGUCCGUGUACGAAGCCUAUCGCAAGGGCCUCAUUGACCACCAGACUUACCUGGAGCUGUCAGAGCAGGAGUGCGAGUGGGAGGAGAUCACCACCUCCUCCUCUGAUGGCGUGGUGAAGUCAAUGAUCAUCGACAGGCGCUCGGGGCGCCAGUAUGACAUCGACGAUGCCAUUGGCAAGGGUCUGAUUGACCAGUCAGCCCUGGACCAGUACCGCUCGGGCACCCUCUCCAUCACCGAGUUUGCUGACAUGCUCUCUGGCAACAUGGGUGGCUUCCGGUCGCGGUCGUCCUCAGUUGGAUCCUCUUCCUCCUACACUGUCAGCCCAGCCCUGUCACGGACCCAGAUCUCCAUGUGGACUGACCCAACCGAAGAGACUGGGCCAGUGGCAGGCAUCCUGGACACGGACACUCUGGAGAAGGUGUCCAUCACGGAGGCGAUGCGCCGCAACCUGGUGGACAACAUCACAGGGCAGCGGCUGCUGGAAGCCCAGGCUUGCACCGGGGGCAUCAUCGACCCCAACACCGGUGACAAAUGCACCGUCGCCGACGCGGUCACCAAGGGCCUGGUUGACAAGAUCAUGGUGGACCGCAUCAACCUGGCGCAGAAGGCCUUCUACGGCUUCGAGGACCCGCGGACCAAGACAAAGAUGUCGGCGGCGCAGGCCCUGAAGAAGGGCUGGCUGUACUACGAGGCCGGGCAGCGGUUCCUGGAGGUGCAGUACUUGACAGGGGGCCUGAUCGAGCCCGAUGCCCCAGGCCGUGUCUCCCUGGAUGACGCGCUGCAGAAGGGCACCAUUGACGCGCGGACUGCCCAGAAGCUGCGGGAUGUCAACACCUAUUCCAAGUACCUCACCUGCCCCAAGACCAAGCUCAAGAUCUCCUACAAGGACGCCAUGGACCGGAGCAUGAUCGAGGAUGGGACUGGCCUGCGGCUGCUGGAGGCCUCCUCCCAGUCCAGCAAGGGCUACUACAGCCCCUACAACAUCAGCAGCGCUGGCUCCACCUCUGGAUCACGCUCAGGCUCUCGCACUGGCUCCCGCUCAGGCUCCCGGCGCGGCAGUUUUGAUGCCACCGGCUCCAGCUUCUCCAUGACCUUCUCUUCAUCCUCGUACUCCUCCUCAAGUUUUGGGCGCAGAUACACGGGGGGUACCCAGGGCACCGUGGAGGAGGCUGCCCUUGCCCUUGCCCUGGCCGCGUCCAGAAGCUGCGGGUGGGAGGCGAGCAGGGAGUGCCCCGGGGUGUCUGGGCCCCUGCUCCACGUGGCCACGUCUUUUUCCAGUCCCAACAAAGACCUCCCAGUGCCGCUGGGCGAGCUCCUGAGCUGGGUCUCCGACAUCAGCAGGUCAUGGACGGGCUCGAGGGGAGCCCCGGAGGCGGCAGCUGCUUGGCCGUGCCCACCUGCACAGGUGCACCGUGCUGCAGGGGACACCGGAGAUGGUGUGGAGGGCUCGCCGUGGGACAGGGAGGAGGUGGAGAGGUACGGGCACCGCCGGGCGCUGCCAGACGGGCAGUGCCAGCCAUGCCCGGGUGUCCACACCCUGACGGGGGGGCUGCUGAACCCUUCACGGGCGUCCGGGCCGGCGCUGGGGCGGGGAGGGCGUGGGCUGGCUGUGCUGGGGCCAGCAGGGGGGGAGCGAGCUCAGGUGUGGCUGUGGCACACCUGGUGCAGAGCCUGCCUGCGCUCCGAGCAGAGGCUGGAGGUGCAGGAGCAGCUGCUCGCCCUGCGGCACUGGCUGGACGCCGUGGAGAAGCGGCUGCUGGCGCUGCCAGAGCCCGGCACGGCCCUGCAGGUCAGAUGCGUGCCCAGCACUGCCCGCAGAGCCGUGUGCUGCUGUGCCCCCUGCCCAGGCACGCAGCCGCAGCGGGAGCAGCGCAGUGGGGGCUGCCGGCCGCCCCCUCCUCGCCGCCCCUCGCCGGCUCCUUUUGUUGGAGGCCUGGCCGGCACACGGGCUCCCUCGGCACACAUGACGGCACAAACUGAAAGGGCCAUUCAUCCCGGCCCCGGCGCAGACAAAGCCGAGGCCGCACAGAAACCCACCCGGCUCCCGGGAUCUGAGGCUGUGCAUUCCAGCCGCCCGCUCCCGCCCGGUGCCCCGCGCCGGGCUCCCCUGCCCGGGGCGCCCGUGCCACCCCGAGCCCGGUACCUGGGGCUGCGGAGCGUGCCGGGCGAGCUGCCGGCGGCCGCGGGGCCGGGGGUGGCGAGCGGCUCCGAGCUGCGUCUUCACCCCCUGCCCAGCUUCUCCCUGGCAGGUCCCGGCCGGGCUCUGUGGGCGCGGGAGGCAGCACAGCCUGGGCCGGUUCUGGUGCAGGCGCUGGUGUUGGUGUGGUUCCCGGUACUGGAGCAGGUGCUGGUGCCGGUGCAGGUGCUGAGGCAGGUGCAGGGGCAGCAGCAGGUGCCGGUACUGGAGCAGGUGCUGGUGUUAGUGCUGGUGGCGGUGCUGGUGUCAGUACAGGUGUCGGUGUUAGUGCUGGUGUCGGUGUUGGUGCUGGUGUCAGUACAGGUGCCGGUGUUAGUGCUGGUGCUGGUGUCAGUGCUGGUGCCGGUGUCGGUGCCAGUGCCGCAGCAGGUGCUGGUGCCGGUCCUGGUGUCGGUGCAGGUGCUGAUGUUAGCGCCGGUGCCAGUGGCGGUGUUGGUGCAGGUGCCGGUGUUGGUACUGGUGCCGGUGUUAGUGCCGGCGGCGGUGCCGGUGUGCCGGUGUUGGUGCCGGUGCCGGUGCCAGUUCAGGUGCCGGGGGCAGCGCGGGGUGCGGGCUCUCGCCCCCCCGGGCGGCUCGGGGCGGGCGGUGGGCCGGCACCGCCCCUCCCCCGCGGGAUGGCUGCGGGGCCCCGGGGGUUUCCCCGCGGUAACGGCGGCGGCGGCGCCCCCGGCCCGGCCCCAUGGACGCCCGAAGCCGCCGAGGGGCCGGGAUUUGAGGCGGGGGCCCGGCGCCCGCGCCAUGGGGAACUCGGUGAGCCGGCCCAGCUGCCUGGGCGAGAAGAGCCGGCGGCCGGAGGAGCUCGGGCCGGAGCCGGGGCUGGACGCGGGGCAGCCAGCCGCCGGAGGCGUCGCGGAGGCCUGGCCGGGGCUGCUGGAGAAGGCGGCGGUGCCGGUGGAGAAUGGCUGGAGCCCGGGGCCCGGCGUCACCCGGAGCCGGCCGGGCAGCCCGGUGCUGAGGCGCAGCCAGUCCGAGGUGGCCGUGCAGAACGGGGGUGCGGCUGCGGUCAGGGGGCAGGUGGGGGGCGCAGCCUGGACCCCCCCCCGGGCCGGCGCUCCCCGCAGCACCUGGUCCUGGAAGCCCGUCACUACCCGAGAGGUGACCGAGGUCACUGAGGUGACCGAGACCAUCGUGACGGAGAUCGUGGAGGUGACCGAGUACCCGGCGGGUGACAAGGGUGGCGAGCCCGUGGUCACCCGGACGGUCACCGUGCUGACGGAGUGCGUGGGGGAGCUCGCUGCUGCUGGACGCACGGAUGGCACCGAGGUGUCCCCAAGGGCUGUGCCCGUCCCAGAGGAGGCAGCGGAGCGGGGCCAGGAGCCCCUGGAGCGGCUGCUGGCCUGGGUGGCCGACAUGGAGGAGCUGGUGAGCAACCAGAAGCCGCCGUCGGCGGAGGCCAAGGUGGUGAAGGCGCAGCUGGAGGAGCAGAAGCUCCUGAAGCGCCUGCUGGAGGAGCGGAGGCCGCGUGUGGAGCUCGUCCUGCAGGACAGACUGACGGCACAGGGCUCGGGCACGGCGGCGCCCGAGGGCAGCGCCGGCCUCUUCAGCCUCGGGGAGAGGUGGGACAAGCUGAUGCAGGAGGCUGAAGCCAGGUACGGCUGCCUGGAGCGGAUCCUGCCGGCAGCCCAGGGCUUCCAGGAGGCCGUGGAUGCCUUCCAGGAGUGGCUUGGUGCCACAGAGCGGCAGCUGGCCCAGCUCUGGCGUGCUGACGGCUGCGUGGGCCGCGUGCAGGACGCCCACCAGCAGACCCAGGCCCUCUGUGAGGAGAUCCGCGGGCGGCUGGGGGAGCUGGAUGGCGCCCUGGAGAGCGGGCAGCGCGUCCUGGAGCUGGUGACAGGGGAGGAGGCCCAGCUGACGCAGGAGAAGAUGGAGUCACUGAGGAUGCGGUACCUCAUCGUGGGCCAGAGCAGCGCUGACACUGCUCACCGGCUGGGGCAGACCCUGGAGGCCUCGUCUCGCCUGGGCACGGCCCCUGAGGACCUGGCACUGUGGCUGAGCCGCAUGGAGAAGGAGCUGGGCGAGCAGGAGAGCCAGCAGGAUGGCCAGGAGCCCUCAGUCACUGCCAGUGACAGGGAGAAGUUUGAGCAGGUCCUGGAGUCCCAGUUCAGCCGUGUGGCCGGGCUGGCUGAGCGGCUGGAGGAGAUCGGCCGCGUGCAGCUGGAUGCUGAGUCUCUCCGCUCGCAGCUCUCUGAGCAGAAGCUGCUCUCUGCUGAGAUCCUGCAUUGCCGGGGCCUGGUUGAGCGUCUGCUGGGGUUCUCGGAGCCGCUGCUGCGCUGCUGCCCCGAGCCGCUGCGGCAGCGCCUUCAGCCGUCGGUGCAGGCGCUGCGGGAGCGCACGGAGCAGCUGUCUCUGCGCAGCGGUGCCUGUGCCGUGCAGCUGGAGCACGCCCAGUCCCUGCUCACCCAGUUCUCCGAGGCCCUCGAGGAGCUGCUGCCCUGGCUGGAGGAGACGCAGGCCCUGGGGGUGCAGCUCUCGCCCAACGCCAUCAGCUACGAGGCCUUCAAGGAGCAGCAGGCGCUGCUGCAGAGCCUGCGGGAGGCCAUCGCCGAGCACCGGCCGCUGGUGGGGAAGCUGCAGCGCGUGUCGGCGCAGCUGCUGGAGCUGAGCCCCGAGCAGGGAGCCCCGUUCCAGCGGCGCUGGCAGGAGCUGGAGGAGCAGUACGGCCGCGUCCGCGAGCGUGUGCGCCAGGCGGCGGCUCUGCUGGAGGAUGCCCUGCCGCGAUACAGCCAGCUCUCGGAGCGCAUGGACCUGCUGCUGGAGUGCCUGGAGCGGCUGCAGAGCCGGCUGCAGAGCCAGCCCCCCGUCCGCGGCGACGCGGCCCACCUGAGGGAGCAGAUCCGGGAGAACAGCCUGGCCCUGGGCGAGCUGGAGAAGCUCGGGGUGGCCCUGGAGGGGAUCCGAGCACAGGGCGAGGAGCUGCUGGCCACCGUGCAGGCGGUCAGCUCCGACGCCGCGGACAGAGGGAUCCAGGAGCGCACAGCACAGCUGCUCUCACAGUGGGGCUGCCUGCGGGGCCGCUGCCAGGAGCGGGAGCGGUGGCUUCGGGAGCUGCUGGCGCUGGCCGAGCGCUUCUGGCAUGGCCUGUCUGAGCUGGCCGUGGCGCUCAGUGACACCCAGCAGCUGGUGCUGGGGCUGGAGGAGGCCGGCGGCGAGCCCGAGGCCAUCCGCACGCGGCUGCGCACGAUGCAGGCUCUGCGGGAGGAGAUCGACGCGCUGCAGGGUGAGCUGGACACGCUGGGCAGCCUGGGCGUGGAGCUGAUGGCCUCCUGCGGGGACCCCGACAAGCCCGAUGUCACCAAGAGCCUGGACGAUCUCUACUCCUCCUGGCACAGCCUGAGCCGGGUGUGGACGGAGCGGAACGGGCGCCUCGAGGAGCAGCUCCAGGCCGCCCUCAGCUACCAGGACACCAUGCAGCGGCUGCUGGAGUGGCUGGACGCGGCCGAGCUGCGCAUCGCCGAGGAGUUCCUGGUGGGCGGCGACCUGGACGUGGUGCAGCAGCAGCUGGCCGAGCUCAAGGAGUUCAAGCGGGAGCUGUACCAGUGCAAGGUGGACGUGGAGAGCCUGCGGCACCAGGGGGGCGCGGGGCAGGGGGACCCCCCGGGCACGCUCUGCGACUUCCGCCAGCGAUGGGACCACCUGGAGGAGGAGAUCGUCAGCAGACAGCACCAGCUGGAGGCGGCGCUGCUGGGGCUGGGGCAGUUCCACACCCAGCUGGCCGAGCUGCUGCAGUGGCUGAGCCGCACCGGGGAGCAGCUGCGCGGCCCCGCGCCCCUGCGGCCCGACCUGCAGAGCUGCGAGAUCGAGCUGGCCAAGCACAAGGUGCUGCGCACCGAUGUGAUGUCGCACGCCCGCACGGUGCAGUCGGUGACCGAGGCCGGGCAGGGGCUGCUGCUCUCCAGCCUGGGCGAGAGCGUGGAGGGGCUGCAGCGCAGCCUGCAGCAGCUGGAGCAGCACUGGGAGCUGGUGCGCAGCGAGACCGAGAGCCGGCAGCUGGAGCUGGAGAACAACCUCAGCCAGGUGCAGGACAUCACGCUGGAGAUCACGGAGCUGCUGCAGUGGCUGGAGCAGGUGGAGCUGCAGCUCUUCUGCUCCAAACCGGCCUGGGGCCACCCGGAUGCCACCAAAGAGAAGCUGAACGCACACCUGGAGCUGUGCCGGGAGCUGGAGGCGCGGGCCGGUUCCUACCGGGGACUGCGGGAGCGGCUGCAGCGGCUGCUGGACUCGUGCCGCGCCGGCCGGCCCUGCAGCACCGAGCACAGCCUGCGCCUGCUGGAGCAGAAGUGGGAGAGCGUCCAGGCCGAGGCCCAGGAGAGGAAGGAGCGCCUGGCCGAGGGGCUGACGGUCAGCACCGAGUUCCACGGCUCGGCACAGGAGCUGCUGCGCUGGGUGGCCCACGCCGAGGAGCUGCUGGGGUCCCCCGCGCCCCCCAGCUUCGUCCUGGACACCGUCACCACGCAGAUCCAGGAGCACAAGGCCCUGCUGAAGGAGGCGAACGCGCACGGGGAGAAGCUGGGCGGCCUGGAGGCCGUGGCCGCGCGCCUCAAGGACUUCAGUCGGAAGCAGGACGGGGCCGUCAUCCAGAACCUGGUGCUGGCGGCCCGGGAGAGGCUGGGCAAGGUCCUGCAGCGGGCAGCAGAGAGGGGGGCCGUGCUGGAGGAGGCCCGGAAACGCAGCAAGCAGUUCAGCGAGUCCCGGCGGCUGCUCCUGGACUGGAUGGACGAGGUGGAGCAGAGCCUGGAGGUGCCCCAGGACGCUGCCACCAGCCAGGAGGAGAUCAAGUGCCAGCUGGCUGAGCACAAGGUGUUCCAGAAGGUGCUGCGGGCCAAGCGCCCGGUGUACGAGGCCACGCUGCGGAGCGGGCGGGCGCUGCGGGAGGCGGCGCGGCUGCCCCAGGACCUGCAGCCGCUGGAGGAGCUGCUGGGGGAGCUGAAGGAGCGCUGGGAUGCGCUGUGCAGCCACGCCGCGGAGAGGCAGCACAAGCUGGAGGAGAGCCUGCUGUUCUCGGGCAAGUUCACGGACGCGCUGCAGGCGCUCAUGGACUGGCUGUACCGCGCCGAGCCGCAGCUCAGUGAGGACGCGCCCGUCGGGGGGGACCGGGACCUGGUCGGGGACCUCAUGGACAAGCACAAGGUGUUCCAGAAGGAGCUGGGCAAGCGCGCCAGCUGCAUCAAGACGCUGAAGCGCUCGGUGCGGGACCUGACGCGGGGCAGCAGCAGCGUGGACUCGCAGUGGCUGCAGCGGCAGGUGGAGGAGCUCAGCACCCGCUGGGACCUGGUCUGCAAACUGUCCCUGUCCAAGCAGGCCCGGCUGGAGGCGGCGCUGCGGCAGGCGGAGGAGUUCCACACCCUGGUGCACUCCUUCCUGGGCCGCCUGACGGAGUCGGAGAAGACCCUCAAGUACGGAGUGUUCCCUGAGGAGGAGGCGGCCGUGCACGAGUGCCAGGCCCAGCUGCAGGAGCUGAUGCAGUCCCUGCAGUGCCAGCAGCUGGAGCUGGAGUGCAUCACCUCGCUGGGGGAGGAGAUCCUCAGCACCUGCCACCCCGACUCCAUCAUCACCAUCAAAUCCUGGGUCACGGUCGCCAAGAGCCGCUUCCAGGAGGUGCUGAGCUGGGCGCAGCAGCAGGGCGAGCGGCUGCGGGCGCAGGCGGCGGCGCUGGCGGCCGAGCGGGAGGACGCGGAGCAGCUGCUGGACUGGAUCACGGCGGCCGAGGAGGCGCUGGGGCUGCGCGACCAGGAGCCGCUGCCCGAGGAGGCCGAGCAGCUGGAGGAGCUCAGUGCCCAGCACGCGGUGUUCAUGGAGGAGCUGAACCGCAAGCAGCCUGACGUGGAGAAGGUGACCAAGAGCUGCAAGCGGAAGCUGGCGGUGGAUCUGGGCCCCCCGGCCACCCGCCGACUGGCCACACGUCGCCGCAGCGGCGGGAAGGCGCAGGGCGCGGCGGCGGCGCCGCUCGGGGCGCUGGAGCCCCAGACGCCCCUGAUGGCGCAGCUCCUGCACCGCUGGCAGCAGCUCUGGCUGCUGGCCCUGGACCGGCAGUACCGGCUGGAGACGGCGCUGCAGCGCCUGCGGGAGCUGGAGGAGUUCGCGCACUUUGACUUUGGGGUCUGGAGGAAGCGCUACAUGCAGUGGAUCAGCCAGAUGAAGUCCCGCGUGCUGGACGUGUUCCGCGGCAUCGACCGGGACCAGGACGGGCGCAUCAGCCAGCGCGAGUUCAUCGAGAGCGUCCUGGCCUCCAAGUUCCCCACCAACGUGCUGGAGAUGAACGCCGUGGCCACCAUCUUUGACAUGAAUGGCGACGGCUUCAUCGACUACUACGAGUUCGUCAGCGCCCUGCACCCCAACCGGGACCCACUGCGCCGCUCCGCCGAUGCCGACCAGAUCCAGGACGAGGUGAACCGGCAAGUGGCCCAGUGCAACUGCGCCAAGCGCUUCCAGGUGGAGCAGAUCAGCGCCAACAGGUACCGGUUCGGGGAGUCGCAGCAGCUGCGGAUGGUGCGGAUCCUGCGCAGCACCCUCAUGGUGCGGGUGGGCGGCGGCUGGAUCGCCCUGGACGAGUUCCUGGUGAAGAACGACCCCUGCCGAGUGAAGGGAAGGACCAACCUGAAGAUCAACGAGAAGUACCUGUCCUCGGACGUGUUCGGAGCCGCCGCCAGGUGCACGGGGACCCAGUCGGCCGCCUCCUCCAAAGUGCUGUCCCCGAGCCGCUCCAACUCCAGCCUCAGCCUCUACAGCAGCGCCUCGGCCCCCAGCAGCCCCCUGGCCAGGAAGUCGGUGCUGCGGAGGACGCGCUCCGGGGACCGCUGUCCGCGCUCCCGGGGCUCGGGGCUGCCCGACGGAGCCGAGCUGCAGUUCAGCGCGGCUGAGGAGAGCCUGCCUGUGGCACCGCCAGAGCCGCCCGAAGGGUCCCCUCCGGAGCGCUGCAGCCCCUGCCGCUGAGCCCCGCGCCCGCCCUGCGCCCAGCACCCUCGGCCGGCCCCACUCAGGACCCUCCUCCACGGGGCCGCGCCCCCCGCGGGUCUCCGGCCCGGCGCUGCGGCCCCCCGAGCGGGGCUGAGCUGCACGGCCGGCACCGAUCGCGCCGCCGGGCCCGUUCCAGAGGAUAUGCAAGCAUCAUCUCCCGACACCCAGCGAGCCCCCGGGCUCCGCUCCGAGCGCCCGGGGCUGCGGGACCGGCCGGGCACCCCCUGCCCCCCUCCCGUGCCGCCGGCUCGGGGCGGCUGCGGUACCCCCGGCGCCGGGCCUCGCUCUCGGGGGUGCCCAUCGUGCCUCGCUCGGCCCGGCGCGAGGCGGCCGGGCUCGGUAGCCGGGCACCGGGCGGAUGCCGAGCCCCGUUUCUGGUGCUAACCCUCACCCCUCGGCCUUGGGGGUGCUCCGGCCGCCCCCUGCCCCGGGGGUCCCGUCCCGUCCCGCCGGGCGGCACUGGGGGCAGCGGGACCCCCGCCCCGCCGCCGCAUGCCCGCGCCA